CAGCAGCCCCUACUGCCGUCUCUGCUUCUGGAAGGGGGACCCUGCCCCAGGGCGACCACUUCCACAUGGAGGGAGCCCUGCCGUCAUGUUAAGGUGAAGCAGAGAGGCCCGGUGCUGAACAUGCUAAGGAGGCUGGACCGCAUCCGGUUCAGAGGUCACAAGCGCGAGGACUUCCCCGACCUGGUGGAGUCGCCCACCGCCUCGGACACCGAGUGUGGAGACGAGCCGCCCCUGAAGGCCCCUCGGAGCGUGGCGGCCCGAGACAGCGAGGAGCUGAGGGACCCCGCUGGCCCGGGGACCCUCAUCAUGGCUGCCGGAGUCCAGGACUUCAACAGGACAGAGUCGGACCGGCUGAAUGAGAUCAAAGGGCACCUGGAAAUCGCCCUGCUGGAAAAGCACUUUCUCCAGGAGGAGCUGCGGAAGCUGCGGGAAGAGACCAACGCCGAGACGCUGCGUCAGGAGCUGGAACGGGAGCGGCAGAGACGGCUGGAGCUGGAGCAGAGGGUCCAGGAGGCGCUGAAGGCCCGGUCCGAAGAGCAGCCGGCUCAGCAGCCUCCCAAAGGGCAGGCCCAGGCUAACAAUGGAGCAGAGCACCGCCGGGGCCAGGGGCUGAGCGCCCGCCUGCAAAAGUGGUUCUUGGACCGGUUCGGGGAGUAUGUGGAGGAUUUCCGCUUCCAGCCGGAGGAGAGCACCGUGGAGGCUGAGGAGCCCCUCAGUGCCCGGAGGUUAACGGAGAACAUGAGGCGACUGAAGCGCGGGGCCAAGCCAGUGACCGGCUUCCUGAAGAACCUCUCUGCCUUAUCCGACUGGUACUCCGUCUACACAUCUGCCAUUGCCUUCGUCGUGUACAUGAACGCCGUGUGGCACGGCUGGGCCAUCCCCGUGUUCCUGUUUCUGGCGAUCCUGCGCUUGUCCCUGAAUUUCCUCAUCGCCAGGGGCUGGAGGAUCCAGUGGAGCAUUGUCCCCGAGGUGUCUGAAGCUGUGGAGCCUCCCAAAGAGGACCUGACCGUGUCUGAGAAGUUCCAGCUGGUGCUGGACGUAGCCCAGAAGGCACAGAACCUCUUUGGCAAGAUGGCCGACAUCUUGGAGAAGAUCAAGAACCUGUUCAUGUGGGUGCAGCCCGAGAUCACACAGAAGCUCUACAUCGCCCUGUGGGCCGCCUUCCUUGCCUCCUGCUUCCUCCCCUACCGCCUCGUGGGGCUCGCUGCGGGCCUCUACGCCGGCAUCAAGUUCUUCCUCAUCGAUUUCAUCUUCAAACGCUGCCCGCGCCUGCGAGCCAAGUAUGACACCCCCUACAUCAUCUGGAAGAAUCUCCCCACUGACCCCCAGCUCAAGGAGCGAGCCAGCGCCACCGUGUCACGCCGGAUCCAGACCGCCUCCUCCCGGAGCUGCGUGGCCAGCGCCCCAGCCGGCCUGAGCAGAGACGAGGACUCCAGCCGCUUCCACGGCACCAAGAAGGGGAACUUCCACGAAAUCUUCAACCUGACGGAGAAUGAGCGGCCGCUGGCAGUGUGUGAGAGCGGGUGGCGCUGCUGCCUCAUCAACAGGGAUCGCAAGAUGCCCACGGACUACAUCCGCAAUGGCGUGCUGUACGUGACUGAGAACUACUUGUGCUUCGAGAGCUCCAAGUCCGGGUCUUCCAAGCGAAACAAGGUCAUCAAGCUGGUGGACAUCACGGACAUCCAGAAGUACAAGGUUCUCUCUGUCCUCCCGGGGUCAGGCAUGGGGAUAGCAGUGUCUACACCUUCCACCCAAAAAGUCCUUCCGCCCUCCCCUCAUCCGGUGUUUGGGGCCAUGGUGCACCGUGAUGAAGCAUUCGAGGCCAUCUCCACCCAGUACUCCAAGAUUGUGGCCGCGGCGGCCGUGGGCGUGGACAGCUAGGGGUGGCCGUGGGCUCUGCGGGGCCCUCCCUACCUGUUGGUGAGGAUGAGCCGGGUGCCCACGUCUGCCGCAGCCACCCUGGCACCGUGCUCGCCUCCUGCUGACCGUAGUGGCAGCCACGCACAUUUGGGGCACAGAGGCCGAGGGACCCUCGGAGGCCCUUGUGCAGGACAGCAGGACGCCCAUCCGCGCUGUGUGAAUUCAGCCCCUGGCCCAAAGCCAUAGCAAGGGGACCCCCCGCCUCAGAGGCGCUAUUGGGGCCACCAGGAAACAUCAGGGGGUGGGGCUUGGGGCUGGACAGGCUCAAUGCUGACCAGGCCUCACCUGGGCCUGGCCCUCUGGGAUGGGCCUCCGUGGCAGGGUGGCAGGGUAGGGGUCCUGGGCCUGCGGUGGCGCAGACCAGCGUGCAGCAAAAGCACAUCCUGGGUGUGGCACUCGGGCUGAUGGGGCUGAGCCAGCCUCAGGACACUCUCAGGCGUGUGGCCCCAGCAGACCACGGCUUUGGGUGGGCUCCGGUCGGUGUAUGAGGGGGUGGGCUGAGCUGAGAGGGGACAAGGGGGCACCAGUGCCCCUAGUGCUGGGUAUCUCUGGAGGUCACUGCUGGAGGGGGGUUGGCGACAAGGCAGCCACACCCCCUGGUCCCCUAGGGUUCCCAGCUGGCCAGUGUGCGCCUGUGCCCAACCCUGCCCAUGCAGCAGGGGCCCCCGUGGCCUUCCUCGGAGACCCCCCACCCCGAGUUGGGCUGAGGGUGAGGAGAGGGUUUGCAGGGCUUGCCCCCUGGAGAAGGUGGGGGUCUGUGGCCCCUGCCCCGAGCCCCUGCCUUCACCCAGCGUGGUUUUCUGAAGAAACAGAUUAUAUAUUUAUAUUUCUUAUUUUUGUAUCAUUUUUCAGGUGUCAUUUUUACCUUUGCUCUGACCCUCGCUGGCUGGCAGGGGGAGGGGGAGGAGGUGGCCUGACGGCCCCCCCAACACAGACCAUGCAGCUCUCACAGCUGGUUCUGGGAGGGGAGACCUGAUGGGGGUGGGAGGCAGGGCGGCCCACUCCCCAGAGGCCACAUCAGGGCCUCUCUCCUGAGCGCGUGUCAGCUGCAGGCCUCUGUAUACAGCAGUUCUGUCCCCGGGGCGCAGAGCAGGAGUGGAGGUGUCCAUGUGGCGGGCCUUGGCAUCUCCUACAGAAAUGGGAGGUUUAGUCGGAGCCCCUUCUCAGCAGAAAGGGCAAUGAACGCUGACCAGGCCCUGGAGGCUGUGGCCAGGGGUGGGCGAGGGGCAGGCAGUGCUGCAGAGACUAUGCACAUCUGGGCAGAUGUUCCAGCCCCCACCCCCCCCACGUCCCAUGGGCCUGGGAUGAGGGUCAACCUCCUCCGUCCGGAGCCUAAGCCUGCUCCGUGUGUAAAUAGUGGUGACCGCGUGGCUUGUGCCCUACAGGGAUUGUCAUGUCCGAGGAGCCGGUGAAAACUACUCCCUGUAGCAUUUUUUAAAGAAAAACCUUGUUUGUUUAAAGAGAAAAGAAGUCUUGUAUAAAUUAUAAUUUUUAUUUAAAUAAACCUGAAUUGCUUUGUGCUAA